UCCGCCUUAAGUUCUCAUUCAGAAAUACAUAACACCCCGGCCCCCUCCUCUCUCACUCUGUCCCUCUUGCCAGUUUUUUCUGUAAUUGUCGUACAAAAACAGCUCUCAUGGGCUCACGCGUGGUCAGAGCUGGGAAGAGUACUUUUCCUGGAGAGGCUUUUAUUUUCCCCAAAAGGCACCAGAUGAAUCUCAACUAGGGCUAAAUGGAAGCAUAACUCGCAACCACAGACUACAGACGUGGAGCAACCUCUCUCAGUGUGAUGGACAAGCCUUAUGGUCCAGAGGUCAAGUUCAAGCUGGAUAUGGACACAGUCCAUCCUGCACCCAGGACCCUGGCCAGAGGAGAGUGGUCAAGCAAAAUGGAGUUCCUCUUGGCUGUUGCUGGACAAAUCAUAGGCUUAGGAAAUGUGUGGAGGUUUCCCUACCUGUGCUACAAAAAUGGAGGAGGGGUGUUCUUCAUCCCUUAUGUCCUCUUCCUCUUUACCUGCGGCAUCCCCCUGUUUCUCCUGGAGACGUCUCUUGGCCAGUACACGAAACAGGGAAGUAUUACCUGCUGGAGGAAAAUUUGUCCACUUUUUGAAGGGAUGGGUUACGGCAGUCAGGUGGUUGUUUUAUACUCCAGCAUCUAUUACAUAAUCAUAUUGGCCUGGGCUUUCCUGUAUCUCUUCUGCUCUUUCAACACUGAACUUCCCUGGGCCAGUUGCAGAAACAGCUGGAACACAGAGACCUGUGUUGAGUUUGAUCAAAGGCCUGCUGAUUUGAACUGGACUGUAGCUGAAAAUGCAACCUCACCAGUGAGAGAGUUUUGGGAGAGAAGAGUUUUGAAUGUCACAGGAAGUAUCCAUGAGUUAGGCAGCAUACGAUGGGAGCUGGCUCUGUGUCUUCUGUUGUCCUGGAUCAUCUGUUACUUUUGUGUCUGGAAAGGAGUAAAGUCCACUGGGAAGGUAGUUUACUUUACUGCCACAUUUCCAUACCUGAUGCUGGCAGUGUUGCUUGUUCGUGGACUCACGUUGCCGGGGGCCAUAGAUGGGAUUAAGUUCUACCUCUACCCAGAUCCAUCCCGCCUGACUGAUCCACAGGUGUGGAUGGACGCUGGCACACAAAUAUUUUAUUCCUAUGCUAUUUGCAUUGGGUGUCUAACUGCACUUGGCAGUUAUAACAAGUACAACAACAAUUGUUACAAGGACUGUGUAUAUUUGUGCCUUCUGAACAGUGGGACCAGUUUUGUAGCUGGCUUUGCCAUCUUCUCUGCACUUGGAUUUAUGGCAUAUGAACAGAACACAGACAUAUCAAAAGUGGCAGAGUCGGGUCCUGGUUUGGCAUUUAUUGCCUAUCCUCGAGCAGUCGCCAUGAUGCCUUUUCCUCAGGUCUGGGCGAUAUUCUUUUUCAUUAUGAUCAUCCUACUGGGACUGGACAGUGAGUUUGUAGGUCUGGAAGCCAUGGUAACAGCAAUUGCUGACACAAAUCCUUCCUUCUUCCACGUCGGCCAUCGACGUAAACUUCUUCUACUUGCUAUCAGUGUUGUUAGCUUCUUCAUUGGCCUUGUGAUGGUUACAGAAGGUGGACUGUACAUCUUCCAGCUGUUUGACUACUAUGCCUGCAGUGGGAUGACUCUACUUCUCUUUGCAACACUGCAGUCUGGUUGUAUUGGAUGGAUAUACGGUGCAGACCGCUUUUAUGAUAACAUAGAGGACAUGAUUGGAUACAAGCCGUUAUCCCUGAUUAAGUAUUGUUUGAAAUAUGUCACUCCAGUGAUAUGCAUGGGUACGUUUGUUUUUUCCUUGAUCAAAUACACCCCUCUAAAGUUCAAUAACACAAUUGAGUAUCCAUGGUGGGGUUAUGCUCUUGGCUGGUGGUUCACUCUCUCCUCUACACUCAUGGUGCCUUUAUUUAUAAUGUACAAAGUGAGCACGACUCCAGGUACACUGCGACAGAGGAUCUCCAUCUUAUGUACUCCAGCUGAAGACCUGUCUUUGAACAAAUCUGAGAAAACAGGACUUGAACUGCUCAACGUGACCUCAUCUCCUGACAGCAUGGUGUCCGAGUGACCACAAGCAAACUGGAGCAUCUUCAGAGUUCCUGAACACCGUGAGGCAUAAGGAAAAGCCUGCCGUCAAUCCAGUACUCCUACUCCUUUUAAAGCAACGGUUCCCAAUCUUUUGGAUGUUUGACCUCUUAAAAAAAAGCAAUGUCUACUUGUUACCCCAGAUCACUGGUUGCAUAUAUACAGUAAUACCAGUUGUGACUAGUUCAACCAAAGACAAAUUUUAGUUUGAAUACUUUGGCCUGAAAUACAAAAACCUGAAAAUGAUCAAAUAACUCACAAAAAAGCAAAGAUUAAAAAAAAACGUUUGUGCAGCAGAAAUGUUUUUUCUGCUUUCCUCGCCUGUUAAUAAUAAUCUAGUGACCCCUCAGGUCCGGGUUGGGAAUCAUUGCACUAAAAGAAUGGCUUCACAUUAUUAUGAUUUCACUCCAAUAAGCACUUCCUAGUUUGAAUGUUGACUCAACAGACAUAUUUUCAGGAAUAUGGUAAAGAGAAUCCAAGCUUAAAGGUCCACUUAUUACAGGAAACAGUUGUUUUCUCCUUGGUUUCUGAGCCACAUUUUAUAGUCUUCAUUUAGCAAAUGCAGCUGUCUCAGCACUGACAACUAGCGAGUAGGGCUGCAACUAAUGAUUACUUUCAUUAUCAAUUGAUCUAUUGAUUUUUACUUGAUUUGUUUUUUUAAGAAAAUAGUGACAAAUGCAUAUUACAAUUUCCCUAAGCCAUGAGUUGAUCUCUUCAAAUGUUCUAAAGACAUUCAAUUUACAAUAAUAUAAACAGUAAAACCUCACAUUUCACCAGUUGUUGAUUAGUAAUCUGUUGAUCAAUUGAUUAAAUUGUUUCAGCUCUAUCAGCAAGUGCCCCUUAAAUUUUGUCGGUCAUGAAUGAACAGCCAUGCUCGAAUUCAAACUAAUAAUUUAAAUUGUUACUCAUGUGAAGAAAAAGUGGUGAGGAUAUGAGUGUUUUUUUUAAUUUGUUUGUUGUUUUAACCAGGUUGUAUAACUAUUUAAAGUAAAAAUGAUAAACACUUGCCAAAUAAGCCAUACAGAUUGAACACUUUAGUCACUUUUAAGUCACUGUGAAUGACAUGUACAUUUCAUUUCAAAAUGUCAAUAUAACUAAAUUAAGCAGUGAUAUGAAAAAGGAAAGGUUGUCCGGCAUUGCCUGCACCUUAGCCGCCUGCGCCACCAGCUCAACACUGAAGUGUUUCUGACCUGUACAAAGUACUGCUGCUAUCAAUUCAGCAUUUACAAGUUUGUGUUUGGUGUUAGAUAAAACGAAAUGCCAGUGGGUGGGAUUGUAAUGAUCGAAGCACCAAAUGCAAUAGAGAAACACUGAGCCAACUUGUUGGCUGUAACAUUCAGAAUCACAAAGAGUAUAUUUUUAACAAAGCUAUAUAGAUUAUAUUUUUACUGUAGUCUCAACUCUAAGCUUGUUUAAUUAUAUAGUUUUUAUACAGAAGGUGCAGAUUAAUAUUCAUAUCAUUUUGUAUUGUUUUUUGAAUCAUAUAUCAUUGAAAUUUCACCCAUGGCAACAGUCCUUUGUGUAACAUGUAAAUGCUGUAAUGUAAAAUUUUUCACAUUUAAGCAUCAAUCAAAAAUUGUCUGUCUGUUUCAAAAGCUAUCUGUUGCACACACUGUGUGAAUUCAGCCAUACAUUGAGUAUGUCACAUUUUAUACUACCUAUUGUUAACAGUAAAUGCAUAAUGAA